AUGGCCUCCAUGUACGGUAAGGACAAGGCCUAUAUUGAAAAUGAGCAGAGGUUCCGUGCGAGUCGAGACUAUCUAAGCUCCCCCAUGUACCAACAGACUGUCUAUAAACCUGCACCGAUUCUAACAACUUCUAUCCAGAGACCUCCAAUUCAAGGAGCUGAAGUGAUGGAGACGGAGCCGGUGGAGUGUACACCAAACAUGUGGGGACAUCCAAUGGGACUUCUUCGAUGGUUUCAGUUGGUCAUGUUUUUCGUACUUCAGUGGCUGGUACAAAUCACAUGUGGUGGAGAUGCGUGUACAAUGAUCAUGAAUGUCUUUGGUUAUACUGCGAUGGGACAACUCUUUGUUCUUGUGAUCUUCCUCGGACUCUCCAUAUUUUGUGCACUAAUUCUUCUGGGAUUCGCUUUGAACGCUCAUCGUUGGAUUCCUCAUGUCAUCAUACCAAUGGAAAAGGUUUACGCGAUUCUGGGGAUUGUCUUCAUGUUUAUUGCCGGAAUCUUGGGCACUUGGAUGGCAAUUUUGACUAACGAUCGAGAAGUGAAUUAUCAAGGACGAGGCCGGGGACAUAUUCGGGGACAGUGGAUUGCUGCAGCGGUGCUUGAGUUCCUAAUGGUCAUUGUCUACGUGUUCGAUUUCAUUCUUCAGCGUCGAGAAAACUAUCCCUUCACUGGAAAGGAAUACAAAACCGUCCCAUUACAACAAACGGGACCGGGAUCGAUGCAUUCAACAACGACCAAUACUAAACGUUCAAUGGAUUUUAUUUUCUCUGAAUCGGUUUAA